CCAGCAGGGGCUCCAGCAGCUCAGCGCGGACGGCACCAGGCUAAUUGAACAGACGCCCACAAUGGCCACACCAAGCCGGGCGAUUUGAAGCACCCCCGGCUAGCGCUCCGUAUUAAUCCUGGGAGCCCAGGUAAGCCGCAAUCCCAUUAAUAAAUCCAGCCUCCUCCCCCUGGCCGAUUGUUUCGUCUUCCUCUUCUUCGCAAACGAAACAGACUUACUUCAUAGUCGAUCUAUUUCCCACCUUCGGAGCAGGACUCUCCCUUCCUCUUGCAACCCACAUUCCUUCAAUUCACUUGCACUUUCGCCUCUACGGCACUUUGCUAUAUCAGGUCCUGUUGAACAGAACAACAUCGCGACACCACCGCUCCUUAAGCCAAACAGUUAUUCAAAAUGAAGACCUUUACCGUUGCUUCUGCCUUCCUCGUUGCGGCCGCUGCCGCCAAGCCUCACCACGGCCGCCACGCUCACCACCACGCUGCUCGUGAUGCCGUCGUGACCGAGAUCGAGUGGCACACGGAGUACGUCACCCAGACUGAGAUUAUCGACUCUACCACCACCUACUUGGUCCAGGACGGCAAGACCACUCCUGUUGCGGCUCCCACCAGCAGCGGCCUUGCUGCCUCUGCCGGCGAGUUCCUUGAGCCUUCGUCUUCCACCGCUCCCAGCUCCUCGACCACUCCCGCUGUUCCUACUACCAGCAGCCAGGCGCCUCCUCCUCCUCCUCCGACCACUGCUGCGGCCUCGUCUUCGUCCGUCUUCACGCCGCCGCCUCCUCCUCCCCAGACCUCUUCUCAGGUCUCGGUCCAGGCUGUGCCUCCUCCCGCGCCCUCAAGCUCCUCUGCGGCUCCUCCUCCUCCUCCUCCGGCUUCGACUCCUAGCCCCUCUCCUUCUCCCUCUCCUAGCCCCAGCCAGCCUGCUGCUGGUGGCAGCAGCGGAAGCAGCAGCGGCAGCAGCUUCCACGGCGACAUCACCUACUACACUGUCGGCCUCGGCUCUUGCGGUGUCGACAACACUGGCGAUGACACCACCCAGAACCUCGUCGCCAUCAACUGGGAGCAGAUGGGUGCUCAGUCCAACGGCAACCCCAUGUGCGGCAAGACCAUCACCAUCAGCGCUGGCGGCAAGACCACCACCGCCCUCGUCGUCGACAAGUGCAUGGGCUGUGCCUCCGGCUCCAUCGAUGUCAGCGAGAAGGUCUUCACCGAUCUCUUCGGCAGCCUUACCGCCGGCCGUGCUCCUUGCAGCUGGUCUUUCAACUAAGCUGUCUCCAAGACAAUCUGUGCAUGAUGGGUAUAUGUAUCCUCUGCCAGGCUUCGCCUCAAAUCUCAAGGCACACAUAUACCCUAGACCGUCUUUUGGACAAAAAUUCACGUUAUACCCUACAUUCGUUUGAUUUAACUUGUUUGGAUUCACCAUCCCUGGCGUGGAUGGGAAUGCGAUAUGGAAUAGGAAAAUGAUUACUUUAUUAUUUUUUAUUUAUUCUUCACACAUUUUUUGAAAUUUUGUCCCG